UGGAGUCUGAAGUCAUAAGGGAUCUGAAAUUUGAGCUUUAAAGCUCUAAAUGGUCUGAAAUUUGAAUUUAAAAAUCUAGAGAGGCUGAAAUUUGAGUUUAAAAAUUCAGAAGGAUUCACAGUUGGGCGUAAAAUGGUUUAAAAGGUCUCAAAUUAACGUUCGAAACGAAUGAAAGUUGAAAGUUGGACUGUCUGCACCAGCCGUCAAAAUUCUCUCCUCUGAAGACUACGAUGACAUCGCCGCCGCUGCCUCGCCUCACCGUCCCCAGCGAUUCUUUCUCUAUCGAGUCACUACUGUCCUCUAGUCGUCCAGAGUCCAAGUCUCGCUCGCAAGCCCUAACCCCUCAACCCCCUCCACUGCCUCCCCUUAUCCCUGCAGGUCUAAGACCCGUCAGACCUGACACCGUGGCUCUCAACGAGCCUCAGGUACUUCCCCUCGGAGGCCCCAAGACCAGAGUGGCUCAGGAGCCGCACCAGCCGCCGCAAAUGCCCACUCCGAUCUUCCUGGCCAGACUGAGGGCCACCUCGGGGCCACCCAGGGCCACAAAGGCGGAGGGCGACACCCCAGCAGAGGACGACGAGCUGGAGGAUGAAGUAGAGGAGGAUGAGUUAAGGGAAGGGGAGGAAGGGGAGGAUGAUGUGGUGGUGGACGACAGGGCAAGCACCCACUCCACAGAGGGUGAAGGUGGGGUCUCAAUCUCUUCACAGUGUGACCCGCAACACAGUGACCCAGAAGACUCGAGAACCUGCGAGGAACGUAAGAAGCGGCCGAGAACGGCGUUCACAGCCUCGCAGAUCAAGGCGCUGGAGCAGGAGUUUGAGAGAAACAAGUAUCUCUCCGUCAGUAAGCGUUUGCAGCUCUCCAAGCAACUCAAGCUUACUGAGACCCAGAUUAAGAUCUGGUUCCAGAACCGACGGACCAAGUGGAAGAGAAAGUACACCAAUGAUCUGGAGUUGAUGGCCCAACAGUACUAUUCUGCCUUGGGAGUCCUCGGUCCUAGACCCAUGGUGGUGGGUGACCGUCUCUGGCUUUUCAACUACUCCGCGGGACACCCAAACCAGCACACAGUGGGUCUCCAUGGUAACGGCUUGCCCCUUCUCCCCUCUCCUCUCCCCUCACACGUCUUGCCUCACAUCCCGCCCCACUGCCUCCCUUCUCUUCCCCUCCCGCCCUCAUUGGUGGCCUCCUCUGGCGAACGACCAAUCAUGCACCCGAGUCCUAUCAACCCCCUAACUGACCGUCACCUGAUUGGUGAACCGCAUGGCUUGCCCCCGACGUCGCUGUCUCCCAUUGGCUCAGGACACAUGACCACUCUGACGUCAUCGAUGUACACACAAGCGCCCACCAAUCACCUCUCGGCCCUCACCUCUCUCCACAACACCAUUAACAACCUUGGGCAUCCAAAUCAACAAGACAACAGAUCUGGGGUAUAACUACACUAAAACAUAUUUUUUCCUUCUCGAGUAUUUUUUCUAAAGUCAUGGUCAAGAGUCCAGCCGUCUCCAAAAAUUACGUCACAACCUAAAUGAGCCAAUCAGAGACGCAUUUACAUCCCUGGAAAGAGUAGAUAGUAAACAAAACCUAAAAUUACGUCAUAAUCUAGAUGAGCCAACCAGAGGCGUCUUUACAUCCUUGGAAAGAAUAGUAAACAAAAUACGAAUACCUAAGAAUAUAAAAUCAAAGGAAAAGUGUCGUAAUUGCCAGUGACUGCUGAUAAUUUGAAGAAGUAGCUUCUAGAGAACAUGCAUUUUUAUUACCCGAAGUACUGUUUA